UGCGCUGACUGGUUGUCCUCGUGCCUCUGAGUUGAUCGGUUGCGGGCUGAUAUCGGUAAUCGGAAAUCGGAAGUUUCGAAUGCGAGACGGAUUUUAUUUGGACGCUCUACGCGAGCGGAAGAACAACAACAUCGAUAGAGCUGUCGCGGGUCGGGACUUUGCGUUUAACUUGGGUCUGCCCGGGGUCUCGGUUUGCCAAAAUAGAGAUUGUAUCGACCACAAACUUUAUCUGCUGCAUAUUGAGCUAUCAACCUUGGGUUGAAACAGCCGACUGGGAGCUGGCUAAGCGGACAAAAACUAAAGCUGGAUCGUGAGUCGCCUGACCAUAAGCAGCACUACGCAGCGGAGGGGUCGAGACCGCAUCCGCCUCUCUAAUGCCUUAUCGGUAGCACGCAUCGCCGACCGCCGCAGGAAGACCCGACAAAGGGCGACCUCUACAACUCAAUUUGGAUCUUGUGUGCUAUUCUCGCGCUGUCUCGUAAAUUAAUGUCAUAAAUAACUUUAAACUCUGUCCGCUGGCCGCUCGUUGUCACCGUCCCGAAGUCGACUCGCCGCCUGUGCGGUCGGGGCCCAGAGACGAGACGGUCCCUAAUCGAUCUUACCAUCCUACCUAUCGCAGAGUCAAGUGUUUCAGUGAGUGCUCCGUGCACGCUCGUGUGUGACCCUAAGUUCCUUAAAAUACCUUGAUGUUAAAGCGAAAGUUAAUUAAAUAAGCGCCAGCAAAAUUAGUAUUUAUGCAAUAAGAAAAGGCAUACCAACGGUGCCGGUUUCAAGACAAUUCUGAAGUUAUGCUCGCCUGCCAACGGCCAACAAAUCGCGACCAGUGUCAAGUGUCCUUUCGCAUAACAAGACCAAUCCCAGAGGAUUAUCCAGGACCAACGUAGCACCGCAGCUUAUCCGAGGAGGCGCAAGGCUCGCAGAACACUCCGCUCAGUCAAAACAACGACAAACAUACCACGCCCGACGGAAAUCAUCCUUGGAAAUAGACCUCGUGUCAUUCCAAAAGACGCACAUGGGCGUCUGCACCGAAGAGCGCCCUGUGAUGCAUUGGCAGCAGAGCGCAAGAUUUCUUGGGCCCGGCGCAAGGGAGAAAAGUCCAACGCCACCUGUAGCACAUCAAGGGAGCAAUCAAUGUGGCAGUGCUGCAGGUGCAAAUAACAAUCACCCGUUGUUCCGCGCAUGCUCCUCAUCCUCGUGUCCAGAUAUUUGUGAUCACAGUACAAAGCCAUUCGGCAAUGCAUACGGCUCCGAGUCAUUUAGAAGCUAUGAGACGGCCGAUCGCGCCACCUUCGAGGACUCCGCGGCCAAGUUCUCGAUCAGUCGCAGCCGAACAGAUUGCACAGAGGUCAGCGACGAGACUACGUCGGGCAUAUCAUUCAAAACAGAACCUUUCGGACCGCCCAGCAGUCCAGAGUCUACCAACGAUAGCAAAAUAACGCGCAACCUCGACGACUGCUCCGGCUGUGGUCGGCAAAUCCAGGAUCGCUUCUACCUCUCCGCUGUGGAAAAACGUUGGCACGCCAGCUGCCUACAGUGCUACGCCUGUCGGCAGCCGCUGGAACGGGAAUCCUCAUGCUACUCACGUGACGGCAACAUUUAUUGCAAAAACGAUUAUUAUAGUUUUUUUGGUACUCGCCGUUGUUCGCGCUGCCUGGCCUCGAUCAGCUCAAAUGAGCUGGUGAUGCGCGCCCGGAACCUGGUCUUUCACGUCAACUGCUUCUGCUGCACCGUCUGCCACACGCCCCUCACAAAGGGAGACCAGUACGGCAUAAUCGACGCACUUAUCUACUGCAGGACCCACUAUAGCAUAGCGAGGGAGGGCGACGCAGCCUCGUCGAGCAUGAGCGCCAGCUACCCAUAUAGCGCCCAGUUCGGCUCGCCGCACAACGACUCCUCGAGCCCGCACUCGGACCCUAGUCGGAGCAUUGUUCCUACGGGCAUCUUCGUGCCCGCGUCCCACGUCAUUACUGGACUGCCGCAGCCAGCCCGUCAAAAGGGCAGGCCGCGCAAGCGCAAGCCCAAGGACAUCGAGGCGUUCACCGCAAACAUAGAUCUCAACACCGAGUACGUGGACUUUGGCCGGGGAUCACACUUGAGCUCCUCGUCGCGGACCAAGCGCAUGCGCACCUCGUUCAAGCAUCACCAACUACGCACUAUGAAGUCCUACUUCGCCAUCAAUCACAACCCCGACGCCAAGGACCUGAAGCAGUUGUCGCAAAAAACCGGUUUACCAAAAAGAGUCCUACAGGUCUGGUUUCAAAACGCUAGGGCCAAGUGGCGCCGCAUGAUGAUGAAGCAGGAUGGCAGCGGCAUGCUGGACAAGGGCGACGGCGCCCUGGACCUCGAUAGCAUCUCGGUGCACAGUCCUACAUCAUUCAUUUUGGGCGGCCCGAACAGUACGCCGCCCCUCAACAUGGACUAACGGCUGCUUAGGGGAAGCGGAAAAGGGAUAGUAGUGGAAAACGAAAAUGGCGCCGAGUUCAAAUUCCAAGUCGUACGUCCGUAUCCAAGCUGCCACUUCGCAAGCCACAGUCGGAGUCCAGGACCCAGUCCGUGCGGCGGAUCUGGCACGAAGAACCCUUAAACGGCACCCGCGCUUUGGAUACUUAGAGUCCAUCCAAAUCACUGUAUUUUGGAUAGAGAGUGCCGUCUGACGAGCUGCUGUUAAAGUGCGCAUAAAUUAUGUAAUUGCUUCAGGGCCAUUGCCUGUACAUCGGAACAGGCUCUUGCCUCCCAUGUUGUUUCUAUAGAUCUAUCGUUCAUUUGUAAAUAUGUACUAGAAUCGUAUAGCUUAUACACUUACGUAGACACACAAAUAUUGUUAAUUUAUUAUUAUUAUUUAUAGUGUUUACGUCAUUAUGUAUGUACAUAAAGUGCGUAUAUCUUCUUAAAAUGAUAUGCAUAUACGUAUUUAUAUGUAUUUAAUAUUUAUUGCCCCAAUUUAAUAGUUAGAGAUGAAUUUAGUUUAGCGAGAACAGUCUAUAUAAAAAAGUGCAUGUGUACAUGUAGUAUUAUGAUAAACUAUUAGCUUCGCCUACGCUGACAGACAGACAUUUGAGAGCUAUUAAGUCGAAGCUGUCAUAAAGUUAUGAGCAAUGGUGUAUACUGGAAGCACUGAACACAGAGAGAUUUGUACUUAUAAAUAGUUUAUCAGUAAGUCUUAUCAUAGAAGCCAAAUAAAAAUUAUCAAAACAA